AUGAAUGAAUCUUCGGCUCCUAUUAGUCGACUAAUUAUAUUUUAUAUUUAUGUUGUUCUGCUUGUUCCAUCAUGUCUCUGCUGUCUUUUGAUUUUCUACAAUUUCCUUCGAAUGCCUCAAUUACGAAAACAACCAGCAAAUCAAACGAUUUUUCUAUUAUUAAUCAUCUUGUUCAUUGAAAUUUUAAUCGAUCUGCCAAUGCGUCUUUAUUAUUUAUACGAAAAUCAAGUUGCUAUUCAAACGGGCGGCUUUUGUAUGUUUUGGAAUUGGAUUGCUUCAGUAUUGAACAUCAUUGGGUUACAUUUAAUGGCAUUUGCUUCAAUUGAACGACAUUUCUUCAUUUUCAACAGUCAAUUCCGCGCACGACAUCGAUUUUUGUUAUCGAUCAUUCCGAUGAUUCUCAGUGUUAUUUAUCCAUUAGCGUUUUAUACAGGAACUGUUUUUGGUUCAUGGUGGUGUGCGAAUACUUAUGAUUAUUCGGUAUUGGCUUGUGGUGCGCCUUGCUAUUUAAUCACUUCAGCGUUUUUCCCACUUUUCGGCAUUUUAACUCAUCAUGUUCUACCAGUAUUUAUCGUUGUUUUCGCUAAUGUCAUUCUCGUUAUUCGCGUUUGCCAUCAGAAAACUCAAAUGUGUCAAGUCAAUAUUUGGCGAAAGACUAUUCGUAUGAGUGUUCAGUUACUAUCUAUUGCAUUUACAUAUAUAAUUGUUUGGCUUCCUCAAUGUGUUCUCUUUAUAAUGCUCGCAUUAGGAAGUGGAGAAGUUUCAACGAUAGCAGGAUGGUUAAUUUAUGAGUUUACGGGUAAUCUCACUUCGUUGACUGCGGUAUUUUGUCCAUUUGUGAUGUUAGCCGGUCUUCCUAAGUUAUGUCACAAGAUAAAACGAGAUUUCGAAAAGGUGUUUGUUCGACAAAAUAUAGUAGUUCCAAGUCAUUUGGAAUUAGUUAAUACUGGUCGACAAAUGAGAACACCAAGAGCAAAUAGCUGA